GUCGCGCACCGAAAAGAAAACCCUAGAUCGUUGCGGCCGAGAAACAAAGAAAGAAAAAGAGGGAAGACGAAACCAAAGUCGCUAGACAGGAAGAGAACAGAGAGCCAAAGAGAAAAAUCAAUCAACCAUGGCGGAGCACUUGGCGUCGAUCUUCGGUACCGAGAAGGACAGGGUGAACUGCCCCUUCUAUUUCAAGAUCGGAGCCUGUCGCCACGGCGACCGCUGCUCUCGCCUCCACACGAAGCCGAGCAUCAGCCCGACUCUCCUCCUCGCCAACAUGUACCAGAGGCCCGACAUGCUCACCCCCGGCGUUGACCCGGCCUCCCAGUCCCAGGGGCUCGACCCUCGCAAGAUCCAAGACCACUUCGAGGAUUUCUACCAGGACCUGUUCGAGGAGCUCAGCAAGCACGGGCACAUCGAGAGCUUGAACAUCUGUGAUAAUCUCGCGGACCACAUGGUUGGGAACGUGUAUGUCCAGUUUAGAGAGGAGGAUCAUGCUGCCAGUGCACUCCAGGCUCUUACUGGAAGGUUCUAUGCAGGGCGGCCGAUCAUUGUUGACUUCUCUCCGGUGACGGAUUUUCGUGAGGCAACAUGUAGGCAGUAUGAGGAAAAUGUGUGCAACAGAGGCGGAUACUGUAACUUCAUGCAUUUGAAGAAGAUCAGCAGGGAGUUGAGGAGGCAGCUAUUUGGGAGGAACAGGAGAAGGAACAGUAGGAGCAGGAGCCGUAGUCCCCCGAGGCACCGUGGCCAUGAUGAUCGUCCUCCUCAUGGCGGCCCACAUCAUGGUGGUCGUAGCUUCGGGAGAAGAGAUGACGACAGGGGUCACCACCUUGAGAGGGGUGGUGGUGGCAGGAGGCCAAGAAGCCGGAGUCCGCCUGGAAGAAGGGGAGGGGGCAGGAGCAGAAGUCCUGUAGGAGGAGGAAGGAGAAAUAGGAGUCCUCCAAUGAUGAGAGAGAUGAGAGAGAGUAGCGCUGAGAGGAGGGCAAAGAUUGAGCAGUGGAACAGGGAGAGAGAGCAGCCAGAGCCUGAUAAUAGGGGCGGUGAUCUCGAUGGGAACAACAGCAAUGGAUUGGCAAGAAACAAUGGCGGGGGUAGCUCCCCGGAUGAUCAUCAGUAUCAGUAGGGAUCAAAGCUGGAUGCUGCUACUCACCAACUUAAAGAGGUGCCUGGUUUAUCAUUCCCCUUCUCUAAGUUGAUCUUCAAAACGGACCUUGUUUUCGUGAUAACAAAGAGAAAAUUAGCUAGUUAUCCCACUCCAGGAACUGUAGCUCACUGCCAUUUCCACUGUGCAGGUGGAGUACAGGUUCAGUUGUCUUGUGUCAACCCCCCUCCACUUAUCACCUCCUUUAACCAAUUGAACAGGCUAUCAAAUCAAAUUAGGAUAAGAAAAAGUGUUUUGAACCAUUGUCCUCUAUAAAACUUGUGUAGUUUCCUUUGAAAACCCUUUUCAGCAAGCUUUGUUUAGCCGGGGGCAGGUCUGGUCUGUAGAAUCUUCUGAGUUUGAAAAAGCUUAGUAAAACCACUAGGUACAGGUUCUUGCUUGGGUAAGUGUUUAGUCUGUUCAAGUUGAAAAUGAAUUGUGCUCUUGGAAACGUUGGUAGGGAAAUCUUUCAAGUUGUUACGUUGACUGGUUUGAAACUAUUACAAAUCCUAGUUGCCUGCUGCACGUUGGUAUACCAACCAAUCAUAGUUUUGGCUUAAGGGCAAUCUUCAGUAUACUUACAAGCAGUGAAUUGAAGUUCGUAAUAUCUAGUGGACACUUAUUUUUCCUUUGUGGUGUUUCUGCUUCUUACGCAAUUUACGAGUUUUGCAGGUUCAGGUGGCCUCAUAUAAUUUUCUUGCAGCUUACCAGAGUGUUUCUAUACAGGUUUUUUCGGCGCUGAUAAAAACUGCAGGAGCCAUUGUUGCAGGUGGUGUUGGAGACAUAGCUUUGAGAAGAGGCAGAGUAGUGGGGGCAUUUUUCAAGUUUCCUGUUGUAGUCUUGUUAAACAAAAACAUAUUCUUUAUGGAUUUGCUCUUGUUGUUUUCUAGAUGUUGAAAGACAAUAUUGUUGAAUCUUAACUUAUCGACUUUGUUGCAUUCCUCUCGUUUCUUUGGGAUAUUCUUCACAUGACAUGAUGAGAACCAUUACUUUCUUCUAUGUUCGAUUAUGUAAAACAUAAUAUUUGUAUUGCUGUCAUAUGUGGGUGUAGUCUUGUUGUUGAUCGCACCCUUCUGUUUUCCAAACUUGUUGCAAGUUUUUUUUUUUUUGUGGAGUGUAGUUUUAAUGCUAAUAAUUCAGAGUCUAUGUCGCACCUAUAUUUUAAAGUUGAAAGAGGCGGAUUAAUCCGUAACGUAAUAGCUAGCUACAUCACUGGCUGGGCCGGAACAAAAUUCCUACUUCUGA